AUGGGUGCUGAGUAUGCGCAAUUUAUGGCAGAGUAUAUCGCUCUGGGCCACAUGAGGCCACUGACUUACGAUCUUCGCACGGCAUCUUCCCGACCAGUGCACUAUGUCCAACAUCAUGGCAUCUGGCAGAGCAGCGAUAAGGGCCGCAGGCUUCGCGUCGUGUUCAACGCCUCGAAACCGACAUUGAGCAGCUACAGCUUAAACGACGUCCUCUUUGCGGGCCCUAGACUGCAGACCACGCUUCCCAGCGUGCUCCUCCGCUGGCGACGACACCGAAUCGCCUUCUGCAGCGACGUCCGCAUGAUGUUUCGUCAGAUCCGGAUUGACAAGCGUGAGCUCGACCUACAGCGUAUCUUGUGGGGCCCUGAUCCAAACCAACUGCCCACGGACUACCAGCUGUUAACAGUCACCUAUGGCGCUUCGUACUCACCGUACCUCACCUUGCGCACUGUGCAUCAGCUGUGCAAAGACGAAGGACACCGUUGGCCCAAGGCAGUUACCGUGGUAAUAUACGACCGCUACGUCGACGACAUACUCUCUGGUGCCGACGACAUCGCCACGGCUCGACAUAUUCGUGACCAGCUAAUCGAACUUCUGCAAGCCGGCGGGUGUCCUCUGCGCAAGUGGGUAGCCAAUGUGCCCGAGCUGCUGGACGACCUCCCUGACGACGUGAGCCUGCGGCCGACUUGGUGUCAGCUGGGUGCUGAAGGUCUCGUCAGUGAGCUCAGUGUGAGCUGGAAUCCACCGUCAGAUUGCUUCCUGCUAACACCUCCCCUUAUCCAGCACCGAACCACCAAGAGGACCAUGCUCGCAGCGCUCGCGGGCGUGUUUGAUCCAUGCGGUUGGCUAGCGCUGAUCGUGCUGAACGCCAAACUCCUGCUGCAAGACUUAUGGUGGACUGCCUUUGCCACCAAGCUCCAAGCCAUCUCCGGUCAAUCCCUGCUUCGUUGGAUCGGAACGGUCGCGUCAGUGGACAUUCACCUGCACGUAUUUUCCGAUGCCAGCCGCCACGCGAUGGCUGCUGUCCUGUACUCUAGACUUGAGGCCGCGGACGGUUCUGUCCGCUGCCACAUCCUCCUCGCUCGCACGAAGCUGGCGCCCAUCCGCACUCUAAAGCCAAUGGCCGAGCCCGUGGCCCGGAUGACCAUUCCUCGCUUGGAGCUCUGCGCCGCCUUGCUGGCUGCUAAGCUUCUGCGCUCGACGGCCGAAGAACUAGCAGUUCUGAUUGAGCGCUGUCACGCCUGGUGCGACUCGCAAAUUGUGCUGCACUGGGUUCGCUCCGAUCAGCCAACCAACAACGCCCUCGUUGACAACUACGUGGCCCAGAUACAAGACACGCUACCCCCGAGCGCCUGGCGGUACGUGCCGUCGCAGUCCAAUCCAGCCGACGUGGCCACUCGAAGCGUGGACAUGUCCGGUCUCAGACAACAUCUCCUGUGGUGGGACGGUCCGCCGUGGCUUGCCGACAACGACCGAGCCUGGCCCCAGGAAGCACUUCAAGAGGUGACACACCUGCCGUUGGCAGCUACGCCACCCAUCUGGCUGAGCCGAGCAUACUUGAACGAUAUUCCAAGCUUCACACUCUACUCGUCGUUCUCGUGCGCACUGAAUGGCAAGCGAUUGCCAAAAGGGAACCCUUUAAAUUCUCUUGCGGCUUUCCUCGACACCAACGGCGUUCUGCGCGUCGGCAGGAGGCUGGGUUUCUCCUCACUCCCUUACGAAGAGCGGCAUCCACCGAUCCUUAGGGGAGCCUCAUCGCUCGCCUCGCUUGUCUUUUCUUGGGCCCAUUCUCGAGCUCUUUACGGCGAAUACAGGGUCACUAGCGCCUACGCGGCGAAGCGCGCAUGGAUUCUCGGUGGCCCACGCAGAAUCAAGGCUCAAUUGCAGCGGUGCGUCGUAUGCUCCCGACUCCAGGGUCGCUCCACGACCCAGAUGAUGGCCCCCGUAUCAGCUUCACGAGUCACACCUUCCUGCGCUUUUGGCCGCACGGGUGUCGACUACGCCGGGCCUUUUUCAGUACUUGCGUCAAAAGGACGAGACAUACGCACUAUGAAGGGUUACAUCGCCGUCUUCAUGUGUAUGACGACAAAGGCCCUACACCUCGAGCUCGUCAGUGAUCUCUCCACAGCCACCUUCCUGGGUGCUCUCGCUCAGUUCACCGGUCGUCGCGGUCGACCCUCUGAAGUCUGGAGUGACAAUGCCACUUGCUUUCGCCGCGCUGAUCUGGAACUGCGCGAGGCGUUACAAAUUGCGGAGAUUAACUGGGACCUCGUUGCCGGCUCUCUCGCUUCACAAGGUAUUGCUUGGGACUUCAUCCCCCCCGGAGCUCCACAUUUCGUCGGACUCUGGGAAGCCGCCGUCAAGUCAGUCAAAGGCCACCUCCGACGCGUAAUGGGCUCCCGUCAUCUGACCUACGAGGAAUUCUCCACCGUACUAGUUGGGAUUGAGAUGGUGCUCAACGGAAGGCCCUUGACACCGCUCUCCGGCGACCCUUCCGACCUCGAGGUACUUACACCAGGCCACUUCCUUGUUGGAGCCCCACUCGAUUCCAUCAUCCAGCCCGGGCCUCCCACUGAGAACUUGGACGCUCUCUAG